AUGGGCCUGAACCAACAGGAGAUGAUGCACUUGCUAGGAGAAGUGCUCGAGGAUGCUUGGAAAGAGGUGAGGCACAAGGACCCCGCGUUGAAGGACUGGACACGCCUCAGAAGCAGCUGCCAGCAGCAAUGCAUGGCGCAUGUCCUAAGUUGGAGCUUAAGAACCUUGUGGGCUGCUGGGGAGCUCCUCUCCAAGGGUGGUGGGGCGAACUUUGCUUCCGUCCUCGCCGACGCAGUGCGGACUUGCUAUCCAGGCUUCCGCGCGAUGCGUGCAGACGAGGUGGCGCACAAGGUUUCCCACUUGGUCUCCAAAUCCCUGGAGGAACGUCUCCCAAUCGCUGCCGCAAGCGGCGACUUCACCGGGCGCAUCUCGGUGAUUAUGAUGAUUGUUUUGAUAAGUCGCUUGAGCUUGACUCAGGGUCCAAGCUGUUUGGAACCCGAUCAAGACAAGGAGCAGCGGCAGCAGUUUGCCAUGCAGCUGGAGGUUGCCGUGGAGCAGGCCGUGAAGACGGCCACGAGCAAGAGCUGGGGAACCAUGGAGCAAUCUGCACGGCCCUGCCAGCAGACCUGCCGGCGUGCGGUGAUUCGGCAGGCUGCUGAGAUGCUGUGGGAUGCAGGCUUGCUGGCCAGAGGAGACCGCGUGUCAGUCGAAGACAAAGAGCGGAGGGCCGUCCUUCGACUCCGAACGCCUGGCAUUGAUCCACUUUAUAUACUCACAUAUGACAUAGGAGCCCAAUCUCGUUAG